AUGGCGUCUGCGCGCGUGACGAUCGGCGCCGACCGCCUCUCGGUGGCGGACACGACCCUGGCUGUGGGCGGUGCCCGCGCGCUGCUGCCCGUGGCCGACGCUGUGGCCGCCGUCACGUGCGAGGCCCUGCGCGCCGAUGCUGCCGCCUUCGAGGCCGAGUUCGUGGACGCCGCGCGCCCGCACCGCGGUAUCGUCACGUCGGCGCAGAACCUGCGGCUCAUGCUGGACGGAUCCAAGUUCAUCAACAGCCAGAAGGAAGGCGCCACCGACGUAGCCGCCGUGCGCUGCAUCCCGCAGUACCACGGCCCUGCGCGCGACGCCGUGCUGGUCGCCUACAAGGCCGUGGAGGCCGAGAUCAACGGCGCCCUGGGCGACAGCGCCGCUGCCAAGCGCGCCGGCGCAGGCAUCCACCCGCAGGCGCUGAAGACGGCGCUGUCGGCUACGAAGGAGGCGCUCCUCGUGCUGCUGCAGGGCAGUGUCGACCGUCUCCAGGUGCUGGACAGCACGGCCACGGACGCACCGCAGACCGCCGACGCUGUGGAGCUUGUGGACGCCACGGCGGCUGCUCUGGCGCGCGAGCUCGUUCCCGCGUUCAAGUUCUUCGAGGAGGAGGAGGCCCAGCUGAAGCUCCGUCAGGCGGAGAAGAACGCCAAGGCGCAGGAGGCGGCGGCCAAGGCUGCGGCGGCUGCUGCCAAGGAGGACGAGAAGCUCGCGGCCAUGCCGGAGGCGCAGCGCAACAAGAUCCUGGACAAGCGUCGCAAGAAACUGGAGAAGCAGAAGGAGAAGGAGAGCGCCAAGAAGAGCAGCAAGGACGAGAUCAAGGUCGGACUGGGAAGUCAAGCCGUGCGUCAGCACCUGCUGGCCCUCGGCGACGCGUGGCAGACCAGCGUGGAGAAAUCGGCGUUCGACCUGCGCGCUUCGAGCUUCUCGCUGUUCCUGGAGGAGCUGUUUGUGCGUCUCGGCAGCGGUGGUGCUCGCCGCAAGCCCAAGAUCGCCAAGGGCUCGCAGGACUUCCUGCCGCACCAGAUGGCUCUGCGUGAGAAGAUCUUCAACAAGAUCCGCAUGGUCUUCAAGCGCCACGCGGGUGUUGAGAUCGAGACCCCCGUCUUCGAGCUGAAGGAGACUCUUACCGGCAAGUACGGUGAGGACAGCAAGCUCAUUUACGACUUGGCCGACCAAGGUGGUGAACUGCUGGCGCUCCGUUACGACCUGACGGUGCCGUUCGCUCGCUUCAUGGCCCUCCACAGCCCUGGCAACAUCAAGCGCUACCACAUCGCGCGCGUGUACCGCCGCGACAACCCGCAGAUGGCGCGCGGUCGCUUCCGCGAGUUCUACCAGUGCGACUUCGAUAUCGCCGGUACCUACGCGCCUAUGCUCCCGGAUGCCGAGGUACUGUCCAUCGGCAUUGAAGUGCUGCAGCAGUUCCCGGAGCUUGGGCCUGUGAAGGUGAAGCUCAGCCACCGCCUCCUGCUGGAUGCCAUCCUAGCUAUCUGCGGUGUGCCCGCAGACAAGUUCCGCACUACGUGCAGCGCUAUCGACAAGCUGGACAAGGAGCCGUGGAGUGAGGUGCGCCGCGAGAUGGUGGAGGAGAAGGACAUCCCCGAGGCUGUGGCCGACCGCAUCGAGCCUUUCGUGUGCAAGGUGGGCUCGCCGCGUGAGCUUCACGCGCAGCUCCUGAAGGAGAACAUGUUCGGUGACAAUGUCAACGCGCGCCGCGCCAUGGACGACUUGGCGCUGCUCUUCAACUACCUCGAGGCCAUGGGUGUGUUGGACUACAUUUCGUUCGAUCUGAGUCUCGCCCGAGGACUGGACUACUACACGGGUCUGAUCUACGAGUUCGUGCUCACGAGCCCGGAGCACCACGUCGGCUCCAUUGCUGCUGGCGGCCGCUACGACAACCUGGUGGGCAUGUUCUCCGCCACGGACCAGCAGAUCCCGUGCGUUGGUGUCAGUCUCGGUAUCGAGCGUAUCUUCGGUAUCCUCCAGGCCCACGCUGAGAAGCAGUCGGCCAACGCGGCUCCCCCAUCGCAGGUCCUGGUUGCCUCCACGAGCAACGACCUGAUGCUGCCGCGCCUGGAGCUGUGCAAGCAGCUGUGGCUGGCCAACAUCUCGGCCGAAGUGAUGCAGACGGAGAACCCCAAGUUCAUCAAGCAGCUGCACUACGCUCUGGAGCGUGGCACGCCCUACAUGGUGGUGAUUGGCGAGGACGAGCUGGCCAAGGGCGUCGUCAAGGUGAAGGAGAUGGCGUCCAAGGACGAGGUGACGGUGCCGCGCUCUGAACUGGUGGCCGAGCUGCUGCGUCGCGGUUGCCCCACGACCAGCACCCUGAGCAUUUAAGCCCGUAGCGAUGUGGGAGACAGCAGGAUAGAGCGUCGCUAUAAAGCUUCGCUGCAAAUGUAGUCGAUCAUCGAACCG